AUGGAAACACUUGAACCGUCGGGCAUUGCGGCGCACGAGGGUAAACGCCCUGACGGGUGUACCUUGAUUCCUUGGAGAGCCGGCAGGUGCUUGGCGUGGGACGUUACCGUCCCGGGCACCUUUGCUGAGCGCUACGUGCAGCUUACUAGCAAAGAAAGCGGUUUGGCUGCAACCAGGGCAUCUGACGAGAAGAUCAAAAAGUACGACAGAGCUCUCCCCUCGAUGGAGUUUUUACCGAUUUGUAUCGAGGUCCUCUGCCCCAUGGACCGUAACACCUCCGGCUGGAUAAUAAGGGGUCCAAAAUUAUGGAAUGAUUUGACCAUGGAUGGUCAAUCACAUCUGCCUUUGAAGGGAUUUAAGCUAUGUGCAAAAGACGCUGUUAUGACAUAUGGGCGUGCUAAUUGA